UGGUAAAGCACGUCAGCUGCUCCUUGUUGCUGUGCAGAUCACCCAACAUCGGGUCACUGAGACAGAAGGCAGCGCUAGCUCGCACAGCUGAUAGGAUUAGGAGAUGGUGCUUUGUCAGCCUUGACUGAGUCUGGAGAAGCCCUCAGCACACGCAGGUGCCUCCUCCUGGACGGCGGCCGCGGCGGCGCGGGGACCCGGCGGGCGGCAGAGCGAUGGGACCCCUUCGGGAGACCAAGAAGGAGCAGAGAGUGCAGCAUCAUGAGAAGGAGAUUUCCCGAAGCCGAAUUCCCCGUUUGAUUCUUCGGCCCCAUCUGCCCCAGCAACAGCACAAAGUGUCCCCAGCCUCUGAGUCUCCCUUCUCUGAGGAAGAGAGCAGAGAGUUCAACGCCAGCAGCUCUGGGCGCUCAGCGAGGACCAUUAGCAGCAAUAGCUUCUGCUCAGAUGAUACAGGCUGUCCCAGUAGCCAGUCAGUGUCUCCAGUGAAGACACCCUCAGAUACUGGAAACAGCCCUGUUGGCUUUUGCCCUGGAAGUGAUGAAGACUUUUCCAGGAAGAAAUGCACAAUUGGAAUGGUUGGUGAAGGAAGCAUCCAGUCAUCUCGAUAUAAGAAGGAACCAAAGUCAGGCCUUGUAAAGCCAGGUAUUGUAGGGUUUGAGUGCAACUUGAAAUUAUUUAAUCUUGGUUCCCACUCCUCCUCCUGCCUCAUUCCAAAAGCAUUUUCCAGUGGUGACAAUACAAGGAAACAGUGGCACAGGAAACAGGUAGCGAAGCUGAUUUUAGCUCCUCGAGCAGCACCGGCAGCAUUUCGGCUCCUGAGGUCCACAUGUCUGCGGCGGGAAGCAAGCGGUCCUCUCUCUCACGCAAGUAGGCACUGUUUCCUGCUCUCUGAUUGUGAAGACACUUUACACAGCCGGGGCCCCCACGGGCGGAGCAAUGGAGCCUCGUCCUACAAGGCCGCCGGCAGCCCGCCCUCCCCGCGGGAGAAGGACUUGCUGUCCAUGCUGUGCAGGAGCCAGCUGAGCCCCGUGAACAUCCAUCCCGGCUACGCGCCGUCUUCCCCAAGCAGCAGCAACUCGGGCUCCUGCAAGGGGAGCGACGGCAGCCCGGUCCUGAGGCGGCCUGGAAGGUACAUGUCCUGUGGUGAAAAUCAUGGUGUCAAGCCCCCAAAUCCAGAGCAAUAUUUGACUCCUCUGCAGCAGAAAGAGGUCACAGUGAGGCACCUCAAGACCAAGCUGAAGGAAUCUGAGCGCCGCCUUCAUGAAAGGGAAAGCGAGAUCGCUGAGCUCAAGUCCCAGCUGGCCCGCAUGAGGGAGGACUGGAUCGAGGAAGAGUGCCACCGCGUGGAGGCCCAGCUGGCCCUGAAGGAAGCCAGGAAAGAAAUCAAACAGCUCAGACAGGUCAUCGAAACCAUGCGGAGCAGCUUGGCCGAUAAAGACAAAGGCAUUCAGAAGUAUUUCGUGGACAUAAACAUCCAAAACAAGAAGUUGGAGUCUCUGCUGCAGAGCAUGGAGAUGGCGCACAGCGGCUCUCUGAGGGACGAACUGUGUCUGCACUUCCCCUGCGACUCCCCAGAGAAGAGCCUCCGCCCCAGCACCCCGUUGGGCCAGAUGGCCGAGGCGCUGGCCCUGGAAGAGCAGGGCCCGGAGGAAGGGGCCGACGGCGAGCUGCUGCUGGCCGAGGCGACGGCCCAGGGCUCCGAUCUGUUCGAUGGGGUGGCCGCCGCCGCCGCCACACGGGCCGACGCCCUGGAGCUGCUUCGCUCGGCCCCCGGGGCCGAGGUCCUGGCGCUGGUGCCCGGGGCAGGGCGGCAGGAAGAGGGCAGCGCGGUGGCCGAGCAGGCCGUGCAGACCGACGUGGUGCCCUACAGCCCUGCCGUGUCCGAGCUCAUCCAGCACGUGCUGCGGCUGCAGGAGCCCUGGCCCUCGAGCCCCGAAUCUCCGGACGAGUCGGGGGCGGACUCGCCCGCAAGCUUCCCCGAGUCCAUCUCCGCCUUCAUGGUGGACCUGACGCCAAGAAAUCCCAACUCGGCCAUCCUUUUGUCUCCCGUGGAGACCCCGUACGACGACGAGGCCACGGCGGGUCCGGAAGCUCCUGCGCACCGCCUCAUGAGGGAGCUGGACUUCGCAGGCCCGGCGGAGGCGGGGGCGGGGGCCGAGGCCGAGGCGAGGCGGGACGGCGGCGCGCUCCUGCUGGCUGCGCGCGGGCCCGCGGGGGGGCAGUACUGGAGCCGCAGUUUCCUGGUGGAUCUCCUGGCCGUGGCUGCCCCCGUGGUCCCCACCGUUCUGUGGGCAUUCAGUACUCGGAGGGGGGGCACGGAUCCCGUCUACAACAUCGGAGCCCUGCUCCGGGGCUGCUGCGUGGUCGCCCUGCAUUCGCUGCGCCGCACCGCCUUCCACAUCAAAACCUGAGGAGGAGGAGGAGGAGGAGGAGGAGGUCGCCCCGUGCGCCGACCUGCCCCCGGGGGACCGUCUCUGGUCUGUCGUCUGGCUCCUCGUAUUUGAUUUGCACUAUAUUUAGUCGAAGCCUGUUCACUGUUUAAAACCGGAGGUAUCUUCCAAGGCAUGGAGACGUGGUUCGAGUUCAGUGUCCCACCAGUGGUAGAGAAAGCAUGCGCCUGACCCUGCCGUGUCGUGCGAGGUACCCGUUCUUAUCCUAGUGGUUCAGGAAGAGAAAAUGCAGAGUUUGCACUUUCAAGACAGCUUCUGUAAGGCUGGCAUGUUAUCUCCUUGCUUUGCUUUGUGCCGUUUUAAAACGUGUAAUUGUUACAGCAUUCCAAUGGUCUUGUGCACAGCAGGGGACUGUAACCAAAAAUAAAACCGUAUUUGUGUCAUUGAUUUGAAGAAGUCUUGAAUAGCUCCUUAGUGUCUUACUUGGGGUUGAUAAGGUUUGAGUGUUUGCAGUUUUUUACUAAAUGUAGCUCCAAAGUUGUAAAAUGGCUUGUUUGUUCCUAAACCUGUUAAUCAAUGAAACCGUAUGUAAGUUUACAACGUAUUAACUUAUUUUUUGCUUAUUAUAUAGUGUUUUAUUGGAAAUUGUUUGUACCUACACACUUCAGCAUGAUGAAAAUAAAGAUUAGUGUUUCCAUUUAAAUAAAUGUUUUAUCCUCCUAUGAAAUAAUUAUCUGUUUAGUUUUACUUCUGUAUAUAGUAAAAAAGACUAAAUGGAUAGAUCCUUUCUUCUUUAUGAAUAGGGGCCUAUAAAAAUGGAAUAAGAAAUGAGAAAAAGGGAAAAUUAAUAAAGGUAAGGAUUUCCUGCUGUCUUUAAAAAAGCAUUGUUUCUGAAUAAAAGUAGCUUUGAUUGUUUGCUGUGAAAUUACCUA